UCGUAAAAUUAGAAAAAGCCUUAACCCUAAAGAAAAUCAAAUCCCUCUCCUACAAAAAUAAUCUCUUAAUUAAUAUUAAAUUGAAUUAAAAAAACCGUUAUUUGGCUCCAAAUCUCUCAUUUAAAUAAAAAUAAGUCAGUAUAUAAUUAUGAAGAGAAAGAGGGGGAAUAAGAAAGGCAAGAAAAAGGGUCCUUUUAAAGCUGCGAAAAAUGAGGCAGUUGCGGCAAAUUUAGUCACUUUAAUCGAGGAUGAUAAUUCGGGUUAUGAUGAUGAUGAUGAUAACGGCGAUGAUGGUGAUGGUAAUGGUAAUGGUAAUGGUAAUAAUACUAGUAAUAAUGAAGAGGAAUAUGAGCGGCGAAUUGAGGUUGAUACGCCUUCCUCCACGGGUACAGAUCAGCCGUUGAAUCUUGCUAGUGUAAAUAAUGAUGGGUCGGUUGACAAGACUGGCCCAGUGAAGCCAGUUGGACGUGUUAAGGUUAAGCUCAGGACUUCGAAGGCAUUAGAGUCGCAAAGUGAUACGGAUAAGAGUAGCUUGCAGUUGGGUUUGGAGAAGCAAAGUGUUGCGAGGGAUAAGAUGGAAGAUUCUGGGAACUCUGUUUCUGAAGUGAAAGCAGCGGGUGUUUCUGGAGAUGUGUUGAAGAAAACUGGGACGAGUAUAAAGAUUACAUCUUCGGCUAAGGUAGCCAGUGGUUUGAGUGUUGAGAAGAGUGGCAUUGCUGGAACGGUACAGGGCGAGAGUUUACAACAAAAUGAACCGAGGACGCCUCGCCAGGAAUCUCAGUAUAACAAGCAAGAGUUAGAUUCUGCUUUGGAGGUGAUUAAGAAGGUGAUGAAAAUGGAUGCAGCUGAACCCUUCAAUUCUCCUGUGAAUCCUGAAGCUCUCGGAAUACCUGAUUAUUUUGAGGUCAUUGAUACACCAAUGGAUUUCGGAACAAUAUGCAACAAUCUUGAAAGGGGUGACAAGUAUAUGAACUCAGAGGAUGUCUACCAAGAUCUUCAAUAUGUUUGGAAUAAUUGUUUCAAGUAUAACAGUAAAGGUGACUAUAUAGUGGACCUCAUGAAGCGGGUUAAGAAGAAUUUAAUGAAGUACUGGAUAGCAGCUGGUUUAUUUACUGAACAAAUAAGAAGCUCUAGUGGAGGUGCUGAAGGUGCUCAAGGGGAAGAUGUUGGAGCUUCUAGUCAGGGGCAUGAUAAAAGUGGCCAUCCUAAACAGAAGGGCAAAAAGCGUCAUGGAAGGCGUCACAAAUCUGAUUGCCUAUGUGCCAUAUGCGUUCUAAAGCGUCGUAGAAGAGAGCGUGAAGAAAGUGAGCGACUUGCUAAUCAAAAACUUGCUCAAGAGUUAAAGCAGGAGGGAUCUUCACUUAUUAUGGAAAGCCCUGCUGGUGGGGAUACAUCAUCCAAUAUGGAUGAAUCAUUAGAUCCGGAUGCAGAUGCUGAGGGAGAAAAGGGACUGGACAUCAGAAUAGAGGAUGCCGAGCAGCAAUACAGUGCGAGAAAAGAGAAGCCUGAGGAGGUGGAAGACGAAGAUGAAGAGGAAGAUGAGGAGGAGGAGGAAAAUGAGAUGGACAUUGAAAAGAAAGACAAAGUUGAAGCAUCGGAGCAAUCUGACUUUGCUGAUAGAUCAGGAGAUGGGCCUAAUCAACAAUCUCAGCCUGGAACAGCAGAGGAUUCAGCUACAACGGUCCAAAGAAAUUCUCAGAAGGGGGAUGUAAUAGUGCUGCAUGACGAUAGCACUGCAGCAGUUCAGCUAAUUAAGCAUAAGGAAUCACGAGAAAGGCAGCAGAAGGCUAAAAUGUUUGAUAAGUUCCCAGAAAAUCCCAUGCUUCUCAGUUUAUGCCAAACUCUCUUCCCUGACAGUCGUACAUCUGUUUGGAGCGGACCUCACUCACUGGCUCCUCGUCAGGGCUCUGCUCGUAGAAAUUCUAUCAAUGCUGCUAUUGAGACUUUGUUGAAGUAGGUACUCUCGCACAAUUUUGCCUGCAUCAUGUAAAUUGUUAUUGUGCAGCGUGUUUGACAUGGACGCUUACAGACAAGUUCAGAAGGUUUUGUGAUUUAUAAUUGGGUCAAAUGCAAAUAAAAUUAUAAAUUA